AUGCUUGACGAUUUCUCGACAUGGAACACGCUUCUGAUCACGUUGAUCGGCCUCGGAAUCUGUCCUUUCCAAAUCCGCCGGAUGCUUGUGGAUUGUCAGGAUCUCAAUACGAUAACUGCCUGGUUCUACCCGGGUUUUGUUAAUCUUUUCAUUCCAAAAGCAGGGCUCGUUUUGAUCAUCAAUCUUAUGGGCAAGGCUGGAAUUGUGAAUGCGUCUCUACAAUUUCCGACGCGGAAGCUGGCAAAUCAAAGCCACUGG